GUGUGGGGUUACUAGUAGUAUCUCUAUCAUGGAUAUCACUAUGCAAGUAUGUGACUCCAAGGUUCUUGUUAUCAACAUCACAUAUAUCAAGUACACCGCGAAGAAUGGAUUAGGCAUUAUAUUGUACCUAGUCGUGGCAUACAUUUGUAUGACCCCUGUUUGUCUGGUGACUUUGGAAUACCAUUGAAAACAUGUUCCAGCCAAAUCCCGAAGACCGUCUCCAUCUCCGGAUGCACCGCGCUCGCUCGGUAGUUCUCACAUCACAGGAACUAGUGGAGAUUCGAGCAGCUCAGAGAACCUUUGAGGGAGCCUAUAUGCGAACAGCUCUCUCGCAGUUCAGCUUCGCCCUUAUCAUCCUCAAGAUUUUCACCUCUGAGUUCUACGCCAUCGGCGCCCUCUUCGCCUGUUAUGGUUGCGCAGUAUUGCUAUGUGCCAUCUACCGCCGGUAUCAAGGUAAUACACAGUUUUUUACCACGACGGAUCGCGAUGGUGAAUUGAAAAACGUGUUCCGCACCAGCGGAAACAGCGUACUUUUUCUUACCGCUCUGAGCAUCGGCGCCUAUAUUGGCUUAUUCGUUCUGACUUGGCAAUUGGACGCGUGAAGGAGAGUGCCGAGAUACCAGACACGUCCCGCGCUGUGAAAUGGGACUUUUGUGUAUCGUAGUGGGUUAUGGUUUUGAUGUUCUCGCUACAGAGAACGUUGUGGUUUGACCUUCUACCUUCUUCUUGGAAGUUAGUGAAGCCUAACGCUUUGGGGGGCUCUGUGCCGGAUCAAAUGGGUGUGCCCAAAUAGGGGUCACGGCCAAUUUCACAGCGUUACGACAAUAUACAGGAUACAAGCUAUUGGACGGUUUGAAUGAGAUAUCACCAUCUAUCCAAGACAUUUUCGGCAUAUGAGUGCCGAGGGGCGCUUGUUUGGUGUUAUUGUGUAACUCUUCAAUAGGGUCUAUAUAUAUCAAUGGCAUCAAUGUCCGCUUUACGAGCUACCUCAUCACCUCGAAUACACACAUAGGUUCAGUCGCUACAUACGCCUUGCAACAUCGGCGCAUCAC